AUGCUAGUGAUAGGAAUUGAUGUGGUUAAUUAUUCUGUAAUUUCUUCAGUAGUAGAAGGUGCUGAAGUAGAGCUUUAUGAGACUGAUGUAAUUGGUACAUUUGAGUCAGUAGUUACUUCAGGAGCCACAGUAGAAGUGGAUUAUUCUUAAUAGUUAGUUAAUUAAGUUUAAGUUAAUGUUGAGUCUAAAAAUAUUUCAGUUGGUGCUAUUGUAUUUGUUGUUUCACUUGUCGAUUAGGUAUCUAUUGAAAUUUCAGAAAUUCUUAUUCCUGUUGUCAAUACAUUAGUUGAAGACACUGAAGUAAUUUCGGUUGAAUUUUCAGAUAUAGGUGUAUCAGUUGUCAUUUAAGUUUCUAUAGUAGCUUCUUGGGAUGUUGUUGCUAUGUUUAUACUAUUUUAUGUAGUAGAGAUCUCUUGCUAUAAAGUUGUAAUUUCUGGUUUUGGAGUAGUAGACGUCGUAGUUGUAGUUGUGUCUGGCAAUGGUGUGGUUGAUGUUGGAGUUCACGUUGUUUCAGGCUCUGGUGUAAUAGAAAUAGUAGCUGUUGUGGCUGUAGUAGUUUCAGGUUCUGGUCUAGUUGAUGUUGUAGAGAUUGAUGUAUCUGGUGUGGUUGACGUAGUAGUUGUAGUGGCGUCUGGCAAUGGUGUGGUUGUUGAAGUAGUUGUAGUUUCUGGUUCUGGUUCUGGUGUAGUUGAUGUUGUAGUUAUUGUUGUUGUAGUAGUUGUAUAUGUAGUCGUAGUUGUAGGCGUUGUAGUAGUUGUAGGCCAUCUCCAACUGUAUAUUGAUAAUUGCUUAAUCCAACAAAAUUAGCAACAAUUGAGUACUCGCAAGAAAUUUUUACAGGAAAUGGAAAAGCAGUAAAUUUAGUGUUAUCAUAGAAGUUAUAAUAUUUAACUGUUACUUGAUAAUUUCCUUUGUGAGAUGAGUUUGAAGAAGAUAUUACUAUGCUAGUACUAUUGUAUGUUAUUGCGGCAACAUCAGGCUCGAUUAGAAUUGAAAACUGAGUAGGACCAGUGCAUAUAGACUUUAUUACAUAUGCAUUUAAUUUCAGAACAAUAGAAGGUGAUCCAAUACUAUAUGAAGUCUAAACUAAUUAAGGAUUAGUCAAGUAAUCAGUGUAGCAAUCUACCAUUUUUAUUUGAUAUCCCGCACUCAAAGUUUACCCACUAGGAUAAGUACAUCUUAGAGUAUAAUUACUCAUUAUUUCUUGGAACAAAGUUUAUUAAAGGGAGAAGUUAUCGAUAUUAUUGA